CGGCUCGCUGGCUCCAUGGAGUCUCCGCCGGAGCGGAGGGCGCCUGGGCCGGGCGCCUGUGCCGAGCCCGUGUACCGGCUGGCGGGGGCGCUGGGCUCGGAGCUGCAGCGGCUGUCGGGCCUCUUCGGGCCGGGCGCCGUGGCCGGGCUGGUGCCGCAGGUGGUGCGUCUGCUGGAGCUCCUGGAAGCGCUGGCUUGCCGCGGGCCGGAGCGGGACGAGGGGCCGGGCCGGGCCCGCCAGCUGCAGGAGGCCGGAGAGCCCUCGCCGGGCCCGACGCGGGACUUGGCGCAGGCUCUGGAGCUGCGGCUGGCUGAGGCCCAGGAGAGAGCGUGCCUCCUGCAGAGCCGUCUGGCCCAGGCUGAAGCAGAGAACCAGCGCCUCUUGGCCCAGCUGGCAGGCACCCAGUCCCAGGAAGAGAGCACCCAGCGCAGAGAGAAGGAGGUGAUGCUGCGCCUCAAGGAGGUGGUGGACAAGCAGCGGGAUGAGAUCCGUGCCCAGGCCCACGAGAUCCUCUGCAAGGCCCGGGACACUGAGGCGCUGCAGGAGCAGCUGAACCGCUUCAUGACGGUCAACGAGGAGAUUCGCCGCAAGCUGGCCAUCGUCCAGGCCCAGCUGCAGAGCGCCCUGCAGAGGAAGGAGGAGCUGGAGAGCGCCCUGCUGGAGGCCCGCCAAGAGGUGGAGAGGCUGAGCAAGGCUGCGGGGGCAGCACAAGAGGCCUUGAGGACUAGCGCCACGGACCAGGAGGUGGUGCCUGGCCAGGAGCUUCCUGGCAGCGGCCAGGGCAGGAGGUCCUACUCGAAGGAAGAGCUGCAGCAGAUCCUGCAGGAGCGCAACGAGCUCAAGACCAGCCUGUUCCUGGUGCAAGAGGAGUUGGCCUAUUACCAGCGGGAGUUGCUGAAUGAUGAGCGGAUUCCCAGCCUCCUCCUGGACGCCGUGAAAUCCACCAUCAAGAAGCAGCGCAGGAAGAUCCGGGCCAAGAUGCUGGGCACAGCAGAGGAGCCCCUGAGCAGCGAUGAAGAGGAGGAGGGCGUGUGGCUGGCAUCCCCCACGGGCUCGGACUGCGUGGACGGCCGCCUCCCUGAGUCCAAGAUCCGGAGCUUUUUUGGCCUCUGGUACCAAGGGAGGAGCAAAAGCAGCUUGCCAGAAGACUGCCCUGGAGCCUGGGAGAUAGUUGACCCUCAAGAUGUGGGUCCUGAGGAGGAGGAGGAGGAGCAGGGAGGGAGGGAGGCCUCCUGCAGCUUCAGCCCCCCAAGCGGACCCUCGCCCUUCCCUUGAGCCAGACGCUGCUGGCUGAACCCACAACAGCGCCCUGUCCGGGCUGACCCCACAAAGACGGCAGGCUCACAGAGGUCGCUGCCUGGCCUGCGGGAACAGCUCCAGCCUGGGAGAGGGAGGGAGGGAGGCAGCCUUGCAGAAGGCUCCUCUCGUGGGACUCUGCAGAGUCCUGCUUGAACCCAGGUCCGCAGCACAGCCGCUCGGAGGUGUCUCUGGCAGUCGUCUGCUGGUGCUGAGGAGAGAGGCGCAGAGGUUUUUAUUCCUGCAUAGCGUGCUCUGCUUGGCAGGGGAAGCAAGCUCCCCGUUUUGAGAUGUGUGUGCACUGAUAUAGCUGACUUGCAGAGCUGGGGGGAUGUGAACCUGCUUUUCCCGUCAGCUUUGCUGGGGGGCUGAUUUUGCCUGGGCUCCUUCAAGGACUUUUCAGUGGGUCUUCCCCGUUGCCCCCCCCCCACUGCCACUGAUGUAUGAACGGCAGGCGGAAGCGCUGCUUUGAACACACUUGAACCUGGAAUCUCAUGUAGGGAAGUGCCCUUAGAACCAUGCCUCAAAAUCUCCCUGACUCCGUGAAGCACAGUUUGAAAACUUAAGCACUUCCCUCCGUAUAAUUUGCA